AUGAAUAAAUUAUCGAUUAGAAUUUUUAAAAACAUUAGAUUAUUACAUACGUCUGUAUGUCGUAUGAAUUCAGAUGAUACAGGUCCUUUGAUAAAGAAGAAAAGGAGAUUCUUUGAUUUGAAAUUGUUUAGACAACAUUUAAGAAGACAAAAAACAGAAGAAAUAGAACUAGAGAAAAAGGAACUUCUAAAAAGUUGCGCAAAAGAACCUCCAAAAAAUUGGGAUAUUAGAACAUUUUUAGAAAAAAUAGAUAUAGGUGAAAAUAUUGAUGAAAUAGAAAAAUCUUUUAAAAGUUGGCAAGAAUUUAUCACAAUUACCCCCAAAGAAUUAUUUACUAUAGAAUGCUUAAGUAAUGAGCAAAGAAGAAAAUUAUGGAAAUUUAUAAAUAAAUUUAAUUAUGGAUUAUAUCCUGAAGAUUCAUAUGAUGAUUUUGUUAAAAAUUUUCAAGCACCUCCUUUAGAAAAUGAAAAUAAGAUUUGGACAACAGAAGAUGAACAACAGCUAAAAUUUUAUUUAAAUUAUUAUGACGUUACUUUUGGGGAUCCUUGGUUAUAUAUUUCGUGGAAAAUGAAAAGAACUUUUGAUGAUGUACAAAAUAAGUAUGUUGAAUUAAUUUUAAAAGAAAAAAACAAAAAAAGGAAAUGUGAAAUAUGUCUAACUAAAUGUACAACACCAUUAUUAAUGAAUAGAAAAUUUAAAUUAGAUCCCCCUUUUAUUUUUUUUAUUCCUUCUUCAAUUAACUUCCCCCCUAUGACCAUAUAUGAUUAUUACAAAAAAAAGUAUUCAAAUGAUUUGGAUCAAAAUAUAAGUAAAAAUAUUAAUGAAAAUAAAUUAUGUCAAGAAAAAAAUGAAAAUUUUCAUUUAACUGAAGAAAAUUUAAAGAAAGAUCCUCUUUAUCCAUCUUAUGCAUCCUUUAUAUUUUCAUCAAAUUUUUUGCCAUUUGUUAAUAAAAAUUGUUUUUAA